UCCGAGCGGUUGAGUCGAGUCGCCCUGUCUCGUGCAGCCGGGGAAGAAGGGAGUCACGGUGCCACGACACACGCACACAACGGCUAUAACAAUCUGGACCAGAGACAUGGCGUCUAAUAAUAACGCGGUCGGCAAAUGGGAGGUGGUGAAGAAAGGGAAGAAAAGCGGCGAGAAGAGCAAGAGCUCGUCCGACAAGAAGCCCGCUGGCGGGGGGAGGAAAGCCCUGGGAGAGUCCAACCAGCCCUCCAGACCCCCCCUGAAGUUGUCCGAGACUCUGUACGACACCUUUGAGAAGAUGGGAAAGAAACAGAACAAGGAGCAGGUCCCACCACCAGCCGAGUCCGAAAAUAAGAAGCCCUCAUCGAGUAAAGCAUCCAAGAAAUCCCACUCGAGCAGCACCGUCACCCCCACAGCUUUCAAGACCCUCGAGGAAGCCUUCAGAACUUUGGAUGUUGGGGACCUGAAGCAGCAGUUGGCUCGCAGUCAGACCCUGUUCCCAGAAAACCCAUCGGUGUGGGUCAAAGACCUGGCAGGAUACCUCAACCUCAAUCUGACCGCGUCCGAGUCGGAGCCCACGCUCAGCAGCUAUGCUCACGACUACCCAUACUGCCUUUCAGGAAAAGAGCUGAAGGGCGUGAUCAAAGGCCUCAUUGGACGCUGCAGUGAUGUUCUGCCAGAUUUCUUCGACUACUGUGUUUAUACGAUGCUCAGGGAGAUGGACAGAAACUUGGGAGAACCUCUGCAUGGCUACAGAGUUUGCAUCCAGGCAAUCCUUCAGGACAAACCCAGGAUAGCCACCCAAAAUCUGCCAGAAUAUUUGGAGUUGCUGCGAUCAGUUCAGAAUCGUCCAGCGAAGUGUUUGACCAUCAUGUGGGCUCUUGGCCAAGCUGGAUUUUAUGACCUCAGCCAGGGACUAAGAGUGUGGCUGGGCAUCAUGCUUCCUGUGCUGGGAGUGAAGGCCUUGUCUUCAUAUGCCAUUGCAUACCUGGAGAGACUUCUCCUACUUCAUGCAAACCUGACAAAGGGAUUUGGCAUCAUGGGUCCGAAAGAGUUCUUUCCUUUGUUAGAUUUUGCUUUCAUGCCCAAGAACGCCCUGACAUCAAGUCUUCAGGAUCAGCUGAGGCGUCUCUACCCUCGACUGAAGGUCCUCGCUUUUGGAGCCAAACCCGAGAGCACAUUACACACAUACCUGCCAUCCUUUCUGUCCAGAGCCACACCUCACUGCCCCGAUGACAUGAAGAGAGAGCUGCUCAGCAGUAUGACGGAGUGCUUGUGUGUGGAUGUCCAGAGUCUAGGAGUGUGGCGGCAGCUCUACACCAAACACUUACCCCAGUCCAGUCUGCUGUUGAACCAUUUACUGAAGUCCUGGAGUAUCCUCCCCCCAAAGCUCCGGAAAAACCUUGAAGAAACAAUCCAGUCUUUCAAAGUGACGAAUGAAGAGAUGAAAGACACCGUUGAAACCCAGGAGCUGCAGGACUGCAACAGCCUGUGUCAGAAUCUGCAGGUGAAGAUGCGCGGCCGCGGGUUCCCCUGGUCCAAGCUGCUCAUGGUUUUGCUCGUGUUCGUCGCCGGCUUCAUCGCUCAUGACGUCAGAUCUCACGGCUCCUUUGCAGAGUCCACCACCGCCAAACACCUGCGCAACUCUGGAGUCACAGCCGUAUCCGAGCAGGCCGUGAGCAAAAUAAAGGUCUACUCCAAACAGGGCUUCAGCUGGCUGGAGACGAACACUCCUCAUUAUUACUCCGAGUGUGCACGGGUUUUGGGACCACUGAUGGACCAAGGUUUGGAAAAGACUAAAACGGCAGCCAUCUUCAUCUCUGAAAACACCACGCAGUUUAUCCUCUGGAUCAAAGAAAAGACGCCGCAGGCCAUAGAAUGGGUGAACACCAACACUCCCGACAGUGUCUUCCAGGUGUUGGCGUAUUUAAAGGCCCUGCUCCUCUCCCUCCAGCAGAACUACAUCUUGCCGGCGCUGGUGUAUUUAUCUGAACUGCUCCAACGAUUGUGGACCAACCUCCAGGACUCCUGCAAUGGAAAGGUGUCGGUGUCGUGUCUGAAGGGCCACGCGCUGACCUUCACCAACACCACGUGGCAGCUGCUCCAGCACAAAACGCUGGCCAUCAAGACGUGGGCCCAGGAGCUGCUGACGCGGGUGUGAUGACCUCACAGAUGCUGAAUAAUUAACGUUCACAAUGUACACAUACAAAGUUAUAUAUAUAUAUAUAUAUAUAUACUCGCACGGACACACAUACACACAUGCUGACCUAGGCUGAGGCUGCCUUUCCGUAUGCUGGCUCUCAAGCCAUGAUUGGACUCUGGGGUAAAACAAAAACUCUCACUCAAAACGACCCAUCCAUCUUUGUUUUGGUUCAAUUUUUAAAAUCCGUUCGAUAUUGUAAAAUGUUUUUUUUUCUAUCAAUCUUUUUGUCAAUGCUGGACGAAGAGGUCUCCUCUCUUUCUCUCCAUCUCUCUCGCUCUCCCCGAGUUUUCUACUGCAAACUUCAGCUGUUGCUUUAACCUUUGGGUAAAACAGAUUGUGUAAUUUAAAGAAAAAUGUAGGUUUGUAGAUGAUUUAUUAAACAUUUUUAUUUAAUUUUAAAAAGUGUGCCGUGAACACUUGGUAAAGGGCAGGGAAACGACCAAAACACAUAUUCCAGACUUUUUCAAGCCACUGAAAAGCGUGUGUGUGUGUGUGUGUGUGUGAGAAACCUGAGAAUCUUUCCAGUGGGCAGCUCACAAUGAGGAAGUUAGUCUUCAACAGGAAAUAUUCUGUGGGUAAAGGGGUCACAACGGUUUUAGAGUUUGACAGCAUGACCCUAAAGGAGGCUCGCCUCAGAAGAAGAAUAAAUGUACCUGCGAUCUCGUCUGUCCGUCCUUCACCUCCGUGUCUCGUCUUUGCUGCUUCAUCAGCUGUCUGUCGUUUCUCUGGAGUUUUCAUUUGCCAUCAGUGGCUCAACACCUGAGCUAAAAAGAAAAGAAAAGCUGUUGUGUUCUCAUCAAGGCUGAUGGUAUUCUCGAUGAUGAUGAUGAUGAUGAUGAUUAACCCCGUGCCAACGUCCUCCUGUACCCUAGAUAUUGAACAAUAAACCCCUCAUCUGGUGAGGGUGAACCUUUCUGACCAGCUGAUUCACUAACUCUUAUUUGUAAACAGGAUGUAAUGAUGGCUAUGGCAAUGACUAAUGUCUUACUUUGUAAUGUAAAUGAUUUCUAAUAAAGACUCCUCCCCCAUUG